AUGGCACCUUCAGCAACAGAAACUACCACGGUGACCGACCCGGUCAACCUUCCUGUGAACAACCUCCGCCUGUAUGCCGACGGCUCCGGUGAUUACAAGGAGCUUUCGCCUGUUGUAUACGACAAAGAUGCCGAGGCGAAGGGAGGAGACGGCCACAAGGGCGCAAAGUAUCCUCAUUACCUCCCUACGUGGAACCCUGAGCAAAAAUACCCUCCCCUAGAGCCCUUCCAGCACUACGAGCAUGGAAAGGACGCCGACCCCAGCUACCCCGACCUUCUCCCCAAGGAGGCCGAGGUGACGGACCUGACGCCCACGAUCGGCACGGAAGUCAGGGGCAUCCAGCUCAGCAAGCUCAGCAACGCCGGCCGCGACCAACUCGCCCGGUUCGUCGCGGAGCGCAAGGUCGUCGCCUUCCGCGGCCAGGACUUUGCCGACCUCCCCAUCGACAAGGCGCUCGAGUUCGGUGGCUACUUUGGCCGUCACCACAUCCACCCCACUUCCGGGUCCCCCGAGGGCUUCCCGGAGAUCCACCUCGUCCACCGCGCCGCGGGCGACAGGUCGGCCGAGAAGUUCUUCGCCACCAGGACGAGCUCGAUCGCGUGGCACUCGGACGUCUCGUACGAGCAGCAGCCGCCGGGCACGACCUUUCUGUACAUCCUCGACAAGCCGGAGACGGGCGGUGACACCCUCUUCUGCAACGCCGUCGAGGCCUACAACAGGCUCAGCCCGCUCUUCCAGGAGAGGCUCCACGGCCUGCAGGCCGUCCACUCCGGCAUCGAGCAGAUCAACGCUUCCGUCAGCAAGGGCAGCAUCAAGCGCCGCGAGCCCGUCGCAAACACCCACCCCAUCGUACGGACGCACCCCGUGACCGGUGAGAAGGCGCUCUACAUCAACCCUCAAUUCACCCGUGAGAUCGUGGGUCUGAAGAAGGAAGAGUCCGACGCUCUGCUCAAGUUCCUUUACGAGCACAUUGCGUGGGGCGCCGACUUCCACGCCCGCAUCAAGUGGGAGGAGGGGACCGUCGUCGUCUGGGACAACCGUGUCACUCAGCACUCUGCGCUGAUUGACUGGAACAACGGCUCGCGGAGGCACUUGGCUAGAAUCACGCCGCAGGCUGAGCGGCCAUACGAGACCCCUUUCAAGGGUUAG